AUGCCAACUACUCCAAAUGAAAGAACUAGUCUUGAUGCAGUUGAUAAAAGUGACAAUCCAGCCAGAACUUCUGCAUUGACAGAAACAGCAAUUACACAAACUGGACAGGAUGAGUCCAGUCAUAAAAGGGACAAUCCAGUUAAAAGCAUGUCUGUCUCAGAGGCAACAAUGUCAUCAACUAAUUCACAUGAGACAACCAGACCUUAUGUAGUUGAUAAAAGUGACAAUUCACACAGAACUACUGCAGUGAGAGAGGCCUCAAUUACACAGACUGGUCCAGUUGAGACAAGUAAUAAAAGUAACAAUCCAGAAGCAAGCAUUCCUGUCACAGAGACAGGAAGAACACCAACAAAUACAGAAUACACAACCAGUCCUGAUGGAGUAGAUAAAAGUGAUAAUCCAGACAAAACUUCUGCAGUGACAGAAACAACAGUUAUCCCAAUUACUGUUGACAGAACCAGUUCUAAUGCAGUUGAUAAAAGUAACAAUCUGAACCAAACUAGUACAGUGACUGGAGCAACAACCACAAACUCUGAUGAGACCAAUCAUACAACUGACAAUCCAGAAACAAGCACUUCUGACACAGAGACAGCAAGGACACCAACAAAUUCAGAUUACACAAGUAGCCCUGGUAUAAUUGAUAAAAGUGACAAUCUAGAGAUAACUUCAGCAGUGACAGAAACAGCUAUUACACAGACUGGUCAAGAUGAGACCAGUCAUAAGAGUGACAAUCUAGAAAUGAGCACGUCUAUCACAGAGGCAACAAUGUCACCAACAAAUUCAGAAUAUACAACCAGUCCUGAUGGAAUUGAUAAAAGGAACAAUCCAGACAGAAUGUCAGCAGUGACAGAAACAACAGUCAUCCCAACCACUCUGAAUGACAGAUCCAGCCCCAAUGGGCUUGAUGAAAGUGAUAAUCCAGACAGAACCUCUGCAUUGACAAAAGCCACAAUCACAAAGUCUGGUCAAGAUGAGACCACUCAUAAAAGUGACAAUCCAGAAAGAAGCACGUCUGUCACAGAGGCAACAAUGUCACCAACAAAUUCACAUGACACAACCAGCCCUGAUGGAAUUCAUAAAAGUGACAUUCCAGACACAACUUCAGCAGUGACAGAAACAGCCAUUAUACAGACUAUUCAAGAUGAGACCAGUCAUAAAACUGACAAUCAAGAAACAGGUGUGUCUGUCACAGAGAGAACAAUGGCACUAACACAUUCAGAUGUCAUAACCAGUCCUGAUGCAGUUGAUAAAAGUGACAUUCCAGAUAGAACCUCUACGGUGGCAGAAACAGCAAUUACACAGACUGAACAAGAUGAGUCCAGUCAUAAAAGGGACAAUCCAGAUACAAGCAUGUCUGUUACAGAGGCAACAAUGUCACCAAUAAAUUCAGAUAUCACAACCAAUCCUGAGAGAAUUCAUAAAACAGAUAAUCCAGACACAAAUCUGCCAAUGACAGAAACAGCAAUUACACCGUCUACUCCAAAUGAAAGAAUUAGUCCUGAUGCAGUUGAUAAAAAUGACAAUCCAGAAAGAACUUCAGCAGUGAGAGAAACAGCAAUUACACAGACUGCUCAAGAUGAGACGAGUCAUAAAACUGAAAAUCAAGAAACAAGCACAUCUGUCACAGAGAUAACAAUGUUACUAACACAUUCAGAUAUCAUAACCAGUCCUGAUGCAGUUGAUAAAAGUGACAAUUCACACAGAACUAGUGCAGUGACAAAGGCUUCAAUUACACAGACUGCUCCAGUUGAGACAACUAAUAAAAAUGACAAUCGAGAAACAAACAAUCCUGUCACAGGGACCGGAAGAAUACCAACAAAAUCAAGCUACACAAUUGGUCCUGAUGGAAUUGAGAAAAGGAACAAUCCAGACAGAAUGUCGGCAGUGACAGAAACAACAGUUAUCCCAACUACUGUGAAUGACGGAACCAGUCCCAAUGGAGUUGAUAAAAGUGACAAUCCAGAUCAUACUACUGCAAUGACAAGACCAACAAUCACAAAGUCUGGUCAAGUUGAGACCAGUCACAAAACUGACAAUCUAGAAACAAGCACAGCUGUCACAGAGGCAACAAUGUCACCAACAAACUCAGAAUACACAAGUCCUGAUAUAAUUGAUAAAAGUGAAAAUCCAGAGAGAACUUCAGCAGUGACAGAAGCAGACAAUACACAGAUUGGUCAAGACAACACCAGUCAUAAAAGCGACAAUCUAGAAACAAGUGUUUCUGUCAUAGAGAAAACAAAGACACCUACAAGUUCAGAAUACACAACUGGUCCUGAUGCAGUUACUAAAAGUGACAAUCCAGAAAAAACCUCUGCAGUGACAGAAACAGCAGUUACACAGACUGGUGAAGAUGAGAUCAGUCAAAAAAGUGGCAAUCUAGUAACAGGCACAGCUGUCACAGAGGCAACAAUGUCACCAAUAAAUUCAGAAAACACAAGUCCUGAUACAAUUGAUAAAAGUGAAAAUCCAGAGAGAACUUCAGCAGUGACAGAAGCAGCCAAUACACAGACUGGUCAAGAAAACACCAGUCAAAAACAUGACAAUCUAGAAACAAGUGUUUCUGUCAUAGAGACAGAAAGGACACGUGCAAGUUCAGAAUACACAACUAGUCCUGAUGCAGUUGCUAAAAGUGACAAUCCAGAAAAAACCUCUGCAGUGACAGAAACAGCAGUUACAAAGACUGGUCAAGUUGAGACCAGUCACAAAACUGACAAUCUAGAAACAAGCACAGCUGUCACAGAGGCAACAAUGUCACCAACAAAUUCAGAAUACACAAGUCCUGAUAUAAUUGAUAAAAGUGAAAAUCCAGAGAGAACUUCAGCAGUGACAGAAGCAGCCAACACCAGUCAAAAAAAUGACAAUCUAGAAACAAGUGCUUCUGUCACAGAGACAGAAAGGACACCAACAAAUUCAGGAUAUACAACUGCUCCUGAUGUCAGUGAUAAAAGUGACAAUCCAGACAGAACCUCUGCAAUUACAGUGACUUCAAUCACAACAUCUGGUGAAGGUGAGACCAGUCACCAAACAGGCAAUCCAAAAACAAGCAUUUCCAUCACAGGGACAGCAAGGACACCAACAAAUUCAGAUGACACAACUGGUCCUGUUGCCACUGAUAAAAGUGACCAUCCAGAUAGAACCUCUGCUGCGACAGAAAUAGCAACUGCACAGACUGUUCUAGAUGAGACAAGUCAUAAAAGAGACAAUACAAAAACAAGCACUCCUAUCACAGAGGCAACAAUGACUUCAACAAAUUCAGAUGACACAGCCAGUACUGAUGGAAUUGAGAAAACUGAUAUUCCAAACACAACAACUGUAAUGACAAAAGCAACAGUCACACAGAGUGGUCAAGAUGAGACCAAUAAUAAAAGUGACAAUCCAGAAACAAGCAUUUCUGUCACUGAGACAACAAGGGCACCAACAAAUUCAGAUGACACAACUGGUCCUGUUGCCACUGAUAAAAGUGACAAUCCAGACAGAACCUCUGCUGCGACAGAAAUAGCAACUGCACAGACUGUUCUAGAUAAUACAAGUCAUAAAAGAGACAAUCCAAAAACAAGCACUCCUAUCACAGAGCCAACAAUGACUGCAACAAAUUUAGAUGACACAGCCAGUACUGAUGGAAUUGAGAAAACUGAUAUUCCAGACACAACAGCUGCAAUGACAAAAGCAACAGUCACACAGAGUGGUCAAGAUGAGACCAAUAAUAAAAGUGACAAUCCAGAAACAAGCAUUUCUUUCACUGAGACAGCAAGGGCACCAACAAAGUCAGAUGACACAACUGGUCCUGUUGCCACCAAUAAAAGUGACAAUCCAGACAGAACCUUUACUGCGACAGAAAUAGCAACUGCACAGAGUGUUCUAGAUGAGACAAGUAACAAACAAGACAAUCCAGAAACAAGCACUCCUAUCACAGAGGCAACAAUGGCUUCAACAAAUUCAGACGACACAGCCAGUACUGAUGGAAUUGAGAACACUGAUAUUCCAGACACAACACCUGCAAUGACAAAAGCAACAGUCACAAAGAGUGGCCAAGAUGAGACCAAUAAUAAAAGUGACAAUCCAGAAACAAGCAUUUCUGUCACUGAGACAGCAAGGGCACCAACAAAUUCAGAUGACACAACUGGUCCUGUUGCCACUGAUAAAAGUGACAAUCCAGACAGAACCUCUGCUGCGACUGCACAGACUGUUCUAGAUGAGACAAGUCCCAAAAGAGACAAUCCAGAAACAAGCACUCCUAUCACAGAGGCAACAAUGGCUUCAACAAAUUCAGAUGACACAGCCAGUACUGAUGGAAUUGAGAACACUGAUAUUCCAGACACAACAACUGCAAUGACAAAAGCAACAGUCACACAGAGUGGUCAAGAUGAGACCAAUAAUAAAAGUGACAAUCCAGAAACAAGCAUUUCUGUCACUGAGACAGCAAGGGCACCAACAAAUUCAGAUGACACAACUGGUCCUGUUGCCACCGAUAAAAGUGACAAUCCAGACAGAACCUUUGCUGCGACUGCACAGACUGUUCUAGAUGAGACAAGUCAUAAAAGAGACAAUCCAGAAACAAGCACUCAUAUCACAGAGCCAACAGUGACUUCAACAAAUUCAGAUGACACUGCCAGUAUUGAUGGAAUUGAGAACACUGAUAUUCCAGACACAACAACUGCAAUGACAAAAGCAAUAGUCACACAGAGUGGUCAAGAUGAGACCAAUAAUAAAAGUGACAAUCUAGAAACAAGCACCCCUGUCACAGAGACAGCAAGGACACUAAUAAAUUCAGAUGACACAACCAGCAUUGAUGGAAUUGAUAAAAGUGACAAUUCAGACAGGCAUACUGCAGUAACAGAAACAGCAAUCACAAAGUCUGGUCAAGAUGAGUCCAGCCAUAAAAGGGACAAUCCAGAAAGACCUUUUGCCAUGACUGAAUCAAUAAUUAUACCCACUAUUCCAAAUGUCAAAACAAAUGUUUUUGCCAUCAAGACCACAAGGACACCAAUGAAUUCAGAUUAUACGACUGGUCCUGAUGGAAUUUAUAAAAGUGAUAAUACAGACAAAACCUCUGCAGUUACAAAAGCAACAUUUACACCAUCUAAUCUGAAAUACAAAACUAAUCCAGAUGCAAUAUAUAUAAGUCAGAAUCCAGAACAAAGAACUCCAUUCGCAGAGAUAAGUACACCAAUGAAUGCAGAAGACUCAACCAAGCUUGAUGGAAUUGGUAAAAGUGACAUUCCAGAAACAGGCUCUCCAGUCACAGAGACAAUAAUGAUAUCAACAAACUCAGAUGGCCCAACCAAUCCUGAUAGAAUUGAUAAAAGUGUUGAUUCAGACAGGACUACUGCAAUGAUCGGAACAACAAUUUCACCAUCUAAUUUGGAUGACUCAACCAAUCCUGAUAGUGUUGACAAAAGUGUCAAUACUAACAAUACUACUGCAGUCACAGUUACAACCUUUGCACUGCCUGAUCGAGAUGGUACAUCCAAUCCAGAUGAUAUCAUUACAGAUGUCAAGCCACUUAAGACUUUGCCUUUUGCUGGCACAACAAUUAUUACUAAUCUGGAGAAUAAAACUGCUCGUGAUAAAGUUGAUAAUGGUGACAAUCUAGACAAGACUACUGCAGUGAUAGAAACAGCAGUUACACACACUGAUCCAGGUGAUACAAUCAAUCCAGAUGAUAUGAUCAGACAUGACAAGCUGGAUAAGGUUACUGAUGUUACAGGUACAACAAUUACAGUGACUAAUCCAGAUGUAAGAAACAAUGACAAGCUUAAUGCAGUUACAAAGGCAAGAGUUGCAGAGACUAAUCCAAUGGGUACAACCAGUCCUAAUAGCAGAAACGUCUUCCCAACUGGAACUACUGCAGUCAUAAAAGCAGUGCCAAUGAACCAAAGAAGUGACCCAUCCAUUCCUGAAGUUAAUGUUAAAAAUAACAGACCAGAAGAAACUACAAUAAACAUGGAUAUUAUAAGAAAAGAUACUGACCUAUCAGGAAAGUCACCUACUCCCAAUAACGUUGGUAUCAAUGGACUGAAAAUAACUGCAACAGUUGCCAAGAUAAUAAAAGCACCAAUUGACAUACAGACAACUCUUGGUGCCACAACAGAAUCUAAACCUUUGAGUAAUUCUGCUAAUUUUGAGAGGGAUGACAGGCCAGACAGCAACACCACAGGCACAAAAAGUAUCACAACAGAACCAAAUCUUAGUUUACCUAGCCCAAAUGAUAAUGAUAAAAAGAGAAAGGCAGAUAUCAUUACCAAAAUUACUCGGACAUUAACUAUUGAAACUACAGCCUCCCCUCAAAUAGAUAAACCUGAACAUCCAGAUGUAAUAACUAAUAAAAAAAUUAAUCUUGUUUCAGAUAAAGGAACCACAAAGGAAAACCCAGCUAACAAGAAUACAAUAACACAAGUGAGUACAACUUCCAGCACCCUAUCUUCUACAACAAACAAAAUUGCAACAUAUUCCUCUACUUGGUCCACCACUGUUAUACCUACAACAAAAAGGCAAGUCACCUCUUACUCCAGUCCAAGAGAUGCUACCAUUUCCACAACUAGAUCUCCAGAGAUGAUUAUCCAUAAAACUACAGCAUAUGUUCAGCCAGAUGUACCUCUAUUGUAUAACGAUGUACCAGACGAGAUGAACUUGUGUAAUAAGAAGCCUAUAGAUGGGAUUGUCCCUCUACAAAAUGGAUCACUAGCGGUAUUCAGAGAUCAUUAUUACUGGCUGCUAAAUGGAACAAGCUCACCCUCCCCUCAACCUCGUAAAAUUUCUGAGGGAUGGCAUAUCCCUUCCCCCAUUGACACAGUGUUCUCCAGAUGUAACUGUGAUGGCAAAACUUUCUUUUUCAAGGGGCCCCAAUACUGGCGCUUCACCAAUGAUAUAAUGGAUGCUGGCUAUCCUAAGCUGAUUGUAAAAGGAUUUCGAGGACUGAAUGGGAAAAUUAUGGGAGCUCUUUCUGUGGCUCCGUACAGAAGCAGGCCAGAAUCUGUGCAUUUUUUCAAAGAAGGUGGCAAUGUUCAACAAUAUACCUACAAGCAAAAACCAAAGAAGUGUAAGAAGAAAGUUGUAACUGUGAAUUAUCCGGUUUAUAAACCAAAGACUUUGGUUCUGAGGCAGAGGCGCUUUGGACGUGCAGUACAAUCUCGUCAGAUCUUCCGAAGCGUCCGAAUAAGGCACUACCCAACCAUUCGGAUCACCCAUCAUUCGACAGGAAUACUGCAGCCAGAGGUUAAAAUUACAUCAUAUUGGAGAGGAUUUCCGAAAGAAUUUAAUUCUGUUAUCUCUGUUCCUAAUGAGGAGACGGUGGAUGGAUACGAUUACUAUGCCUUCGCAAAAGAUAACUACUACAGCUUGGAUGUGGGCAGCAGAAUAGCAAGACCAGUUACAACGCAAACUGGGCAGACUGUGUCUAAUGCUUGGUACAAGUGUCCUGCAGAAUAA